GCACUUUCAUCUAUCUCUCCCUACAUCAAAGUCUUUUGGAUCAUACAUAAAAAUCCAAUGUCGUCGUCCAACUUCAACCUCAAUUACACUGAUUGUGUUGGAAAUGGAGAAGCAAACACUUCUCAAUCAAACCCAGAAACUGGUCUGAAUGAUUUGUCUCCACUUACUCAGUCAGAGAGAGCUGUUGAGGAGUUUCUUAUCCAACAAACUCCUAUUCAGGCAUCAGAUGAUCAUCUCAUUGAGUUCUCUGAGACUUUGAGAACUGUUGCAAAGGCUCUAAGAGGAACUGCUGAAGGAAAGGCAAGGGCUAAAGCUGAGGCUGCUGAGUGGAAAAGAAAAUAUGAGUUGGAGAAGUCUAAGAACCUUGACUUGCUGCUACUUCAAGCACCAUCUAGUAGCAAUGGGAUGGAUCAUCAUUCAGCCAAGUCUCCGAGGAGGCUUCUCGUUCCGGAAAAUGGGAAAUUACCAAGGGAGCGUAUUUGCUCUCAUGAACUGCUCCAAGAUUGUGAACCUAACAGUCCUAAUGGCUGUUACAACAAAUUGAAGCGAACGGCAUCGUUUAAGCUUUCAUGGGAAUGCAUGGGGCAGGCUAAUGAUCAACACAAGAAAGAGAUUGUCUCGUUUGAGAAUGGGAAUAUCACUACAGCUAACCGCAGUAGCAAACAGAUUUCACUGACAUGGGAGACCAAUCCACAAUGUGUUCUUAUUUUCACCAAACCUAAUUCAACUUCUGUACAAGCUCUCUCUGUGGAAAUGGUCAGAUGGUUGAGAGAGCAGAAAGGACUAAAUAUUUAUGUGGAACCAAGAGUGAAAGCAGAUCUUUUAUUGGUGUCAAGUUCUUUCGACUUUCUACAAAUUUGGGAUGAUGACAAAGAAAUUUCACUUCUACACCCGAAAAUUGACCUUGUUAUAACUCUUGGUGGGGAUGGCACCGUUCUAUGGGCAGCUUCGAGGUUUAAAGGACCAGUGCCUCCAAUUGUUCCAUUUUCUAUGGGAUCUCUAGGAUUCAUGACUCGUUUCCACAGUGAACAAUACCAAGAACGUCUUGAAAAGGUUUUGAAGGGUCCAAUCAGUAUAACACUACGCCACAGGUUGCAGUGUCACAUCAAAGAAGCAGGGAAGCAGGACUCCGAGCAUAUGCUUGUUCUCAAUGAAGUCACCAUCGACCGUGGCCUUUCUUCUUACCUCACGAACCUUGAAUGCUCCUGCGACGACUCAUUUGUCACAUGUGUCCAAGGCGAUGGCCUAAUAAUAUCUACAACAUCUGGUAGCACCGCCUAUUCACUUGCAGCUGGCGGGUCAAUGGUCCAUCCACAGGUUCCUGGGAUCUUGUUCACACCUAUCUGUCCGCAUUCUCUGUCUUUCCGCCCACUGAUAUUACCGGACCACGUGACAUUGAAAGUGAAAGUGCCAUUGGACAGCAGAAGCUCUGCGUGGGUGUCUUUUGAUGGGAAAGGCCGGAAAGAGCUUAAAGCAGGGGAUACACUUGUGUGUAGCAUGUCGCAGUGGCCUGUCUCAACGGCUUGCCAAGUCGAAUCCACGAGUGACUUCCUAAGCAGUAUCCACGAUGGUCUUCACUGGAACCUAAGAAAGACUCAAAACUCUGACGGCCCUCGUGAGACUUAA